GUGACGGAGCGGUGCUGCCGAUCGCCGAGCUGGUCGGACGGUUGCCAUGGCGAUCGGGGCGGGAAGGAGAAGAGGAUGGAAUGGAUGGCGAGGGCGGAAGGGUGAAGGAGGCCGAAGGUGAGCGUGAGUUUGAGGGUGGCUGGCCGGCCGGUCGGUCGCCAUGGUGCUGGGGAAACUGCUGCAGUCGGUGCUGAACAACGCGCGGCUGAUCGAGAAGCUGUCGGAGACCCCGCCGAUUCGGCGGGCGGCCCAGAUCACGGUGUAUUUGAUCAGCCGGCUGGAGCUGGGCGGCCGGAAUGCGGCCCAGCGGCUGAGUCAGUCGAGCACCGUCCGGCAGCUCCGCGAGCGGACGAACAUUCCCCGCAACCUGGGCGAGCUGAGCAAGAGAGCGGCCCAGCUGAGAGACACCUGGGCGAAGGAGCUGAGGGAAGGCAUGAAGGGGACUUCGGGGCAGAAGAAACAGAAGUAAGGAAUCGUCGUCGUCGUCGUCCCCCCCCCCGGCCCCCGGGUCAGUUUCCCCGAGAUUUCGACACCGAACACCUGCUGCCAAGACUGGAUUAGUGAGCACAUUUUGAAAAGUUAUCCCAUUUCGGAAACAUAGCAGUCCUGCGGAGACCCAGACUGAAAUUUGGAUGAAUCCCCUUCAGACUUCAUGGUGUUUGGAUUCGAAUGCAACAGCUCACUUGAGUUUGAAAUUCUUUGGGAUUUAUUGUCAUGGGGGGAAAAGAUCAGGAUCAUGAUUGCCUUUGGACAGAUUGCCAGGAUAGGUUGUCAAAUGAAACCUAUGUUAGCCUUCCUAACCGUUUUGCUGUAAUUGUUUAAGAUUCAUUUUAAAAAUGUGAAACAUCAUUAAUAACAAUGUACACCAAUAAUUCGUCAGAUAAGACGUGAUGGGUCAAAGAAAAAAUGUCUAUCGUUAUUUGCCUUGUUGCAUGGACAAACUGUUAUAGCAAAUACUUUUUCUUUUACAAAAUGGAAAACUUGCACAGUACUUCUAUUUAUGUUUAAAUAUAUUUUAAAAUAACAGGCAAUGUUGUUCAGGAAAAUAGCCUCAUAGUAAGACACUAAUUUGGGGGAAUUGUAAGCCUUUUAAUCCAAGAACAAGGCUUUUUAGUGAGAAAUUGAGGUGAAGGAAUACAAUCUGUAGUUUUGUUUUUGUUUGAACCGCUUGCAUCUUUUGUUAUAUGUCCGAAGGCCCUUCAUGGUAGUGUUAUCAGACAAAACUUGAGACUGUGCCACACAAAUAAAUAUUAGGACAGGUAAUCAAAAGUUUGGCUAAAGAGGUAAAUUUUAAAGAGUGGCUUUUGAAGAAUGUGAAAGGUUUAGGGGAGGAAAUUCCAGAGUUUAAACCCUGAAGUUAAACAGCUGUAGGUGAGAAUGUAGUCCAGGAGUGGCAUCAUGUGGCGGAAGCAUUUUUUCUUCCAUUAAUCUCAGCAGAGGGGCACUGCUGCAAGGGUGUGAAAGCAGUUACUCAGGAGGAAAGUUCUGGUCAGACUGAGAUAUGGCUCAACACGUGAGUUAGGCACUCAAAACUCAGUUGGAAAUGUAUGAGCAGCUGAACAGAGUGGAAAAGUAAAGCUGUGAUCAGAGGAUCACUUCUCACUUCUCCUGUACGUCAAGUGCUGAUAAGCCUUCUACCCUUCCAUCAACACUUCAAACAUUAACUUCAAACAGAGGGAAGGGGGACUGGACAUUAAACUCAACCCACCACCCCAAGCAAGAGAUGCAGUCAAUUUGGUAUAUUUACUCAUUUGUCCACUGUGCAUACAAUAAACACUGAUAUAAGUUCCUCAUAUGUCCCAAAUUUACACGUUUCACUGCACCAGUUUUUAUUAUUCCCAAAUCCAGAAUCUGAAUUCAGAUUCUCAAACUGCCAUAAUAGGAUUUGGAUUAUUAGUUCAGUAACGUUAUGGGAUGUGAUAGUGAUUUGGUUAGUACUAAAAUUCAAGAUUUUAGGAAUUAUGUAACUGAAAAAUGCAUGUAACGAGAGAAAAGCUAAUAUAACAGUCUAGUAUAUCAAAAAUAUCAACACAUCAAUGAUAGUACUGGAAUAUUAUGUAUCACAUUAGAAUUACACAAUGAAUUAACUUUGCAGUGCAAGUGACUGUUAUUGGGGACUAACAAAUGGACAGUAUUUUUGUGAUAUUUAUUGAGGGCCAACAAACUGUGAGAACUUGCUGUUCUUUGAAACGUGUCAUGAGAUCUUUAUCACCCACCUGAACAUUAGCAUCUCAUCUGAAAUAUGGCGUUGUGGACUCCAGAAGUCAAUUAUCCUGGCAUGCAGCAACAGUGUUUGGGGUAGGCCAAUUAACCAGAACCGAUGUGGGACGGCAUUUAACCGGCUUAAAGUUAGAAGACUGAAUCAGGAAAAAAAUUGUAGGAUUUUGACUCAACUUGUUUGACCACUGAACUAAGCCUCAAAUUAUAGUAAAAUGACAACAGUGGCUGAGCAGGUCCCUGAACCCACAGCUAAAUUUAACAUCUAUAAUUUCCAUCCCUCUCUUGGCAACCCUAGGAAAUCCCCACUUCAGAUUUUAUUGCUAAUUAACAAGAGAUAACUUUAACUUAAAUACUAUGAAAUUAUAGUAUUCACUAGUUGUUAUAUGAUAGUACUUAUACUGAACUACAUUUCCAACCCUGCUUUUGAGAUGCCUUGCUAAGAAGUGGCUGAGCAGUGACAUGGGAAACUGUGACCUGUGCCUUCAGUGACCAAAUGUUUUAUUGACCCCAAACGAUCAAAAGGCAAACUUAAGCAGAAAUUCAUGGAGUGUGAAAAUCAACAGCUUAUGUUUGUGAGACUCAAAAGAUUACACCAUGAGAGAAUUCCAGGGACCCAGAUAAAGGGUUUGAGAAAACAAGUUCCUUUAAUCCCAGACAAGAUGCCUGGGUACCAAGGUCACCACAUUUUAUUUGCAUAGGCCAGGCUACUGAAAUAUUAACGUGCUGUUUGUAAGAUUCCAAGAAUAGCAAAAGCAGAUGACAUCAGGGACCACGAGACACUGACCUGUAACAUUGCCUGACUCCAUCCCUACCUCAGCUCAUUUGCUGCUGAAACCCUCUUCCAUGCCUUUGUUACCUUUGGACUUGACUGUUCAAACACACUCUCAGCUGAUCUCCACAUUCUGUAAAUUUGAGGUCAACCAAGAUUCUACUGCCUGUACUACCUCAUAUCAAGUCUCGUUCAUCUACCACCUCCAGGUAGCUGGCCUACGUUAUUUUCUAGUUAAGCAAUGACUCAAAUUUAAAAUCCUUAUCCUUGUUUUGAAAUCCCUCCUUGGCCUCACCCCUUCCUAGCUCUGUAAUUUUCUGCAGCCUCACAACUCUCUUUGAGGUAUCUGUACUUCUUUAAUUCUGGCCUCUUGAUCAUCCUCAAUUUUAAUUGCUUCCCCAUUGGUGGCUAUGCCUUGAACUCUCGAAUUCUCUUUCUAAACCUCUCUCUGCCUCUCUACCCUGCUUUAAGAGUACCCUUAAAACACAUCUCUUUGACCAAGCUUUUGACCAUUGAUUCUAAUAUUGCCUUACGUGGCUCUGUGUCAAACUUUAUAACACUCCUGUGAAGUUCAGCUGCUAUAUAAAUAGAUGUUAAACUUAUUGCACUGUCACUUUAACUGUUCUUUGCUGGCGAGAUCUGCCUACCUUCUUGGUUGGCACUUCUUCCUAUUGGCAUAGCCUAGAUCAGGAAUGUAUAAUUUGAGAUAGCAGAAAUCUGCAUUCUUCUACUGCAGCAUCUCUUACGUAGUCUUGUCUGUGCCACAGUGGCUGUAGAGAGGGAACAUGUGGUGUCCACCAAUACGCUUCAGAUAUUCCCAAACAGUGGAGUAACUGGGUAUGGAGUAACUGAUGUGGAAAAUAAUAUUUGCAUUUAUCUUUAUACAACAACAAUAUCCAAAUUUUAUGGUGCCUUUAACAUAAUAAAAUGAUCCAAGGUACCUCACA